CCCAAACCCUAUGUCGUCAUUUCCCCAAGACUCGGCGGCUGAGAGGGAAAGAAAGAGUGAAGAGUGAAGAGUGGGAGGGAGGAAGGAAAGGAGAAGGAGAUAAAGAAAGGGAGAAUCGAGCGCGGAAAUUUCGUGCCCGCUUCUUGGCGCGAAUCUGGCAGGAAAAAAUAAAAGCGAAAAGCGGUCGCUAGGUGCUUUACAGAUUACUGUUUUUAAACGACCAACCCUCGAGCUCUUGUGUUACUGUAGACUAACGUUAGCUCGCUCGUUAGCAUUUUUAACAUUCUUAACCACAGACCACAUCUCAUCUUCAGAUCUCUUAACUUCUUUAAAGCGUUUUAGAGUGCAGUAGUCGCGUCAAGGUGGUCGUAUAAAAUCUGCACAAUGGGGAGAAAAUCAAACAGAGCAAAGGAAAAAAAGCAGAGAAGACUUGAAGAACGGGCAGCUAUGGAUGCAGUUUGUGCAAAGGUGGAGGCAGCCAAUAAGCUUGAAGAUCCUCUGUCUGCAAUGCCUGUGUUCAAAAAGUAUGACAGAAAUGGGCUAAACCUGGAGAUUGAGUGUAAACGGGUAACUGCAUUGAGUCCAGAUACAGUGGAGUGGGCCUAUGAGUUGACUAGAGCCAACAUGCAGACGCUAUAUGAACAGAGUGAGUGGGGAUGGAAGGAGAGGGAGAAAAGGGAUGAGAUGAAGGACGAGAGAGCAUGGUAUCUCCUGGCCCGUGAUGCUGGCUCCACACCUGUAGCGUUUUCACACUUUCGAUUUGAUGUAGAGUGUGGAGAUGAGGUUUUAUAUUGUUAUGAAGCUCAGUUGGAGAGUAAAGUCAGGCGGAAAGGCCUGGGGAAAUUUCUCAUCCAAAUCCUUCAGCUUAUUGCCAACAGCACGCAAAUGAAAAAGGUCAUGCUGACCGUAUUUAAACACAACCACGGUGCUUACCAGUUCUUUAGGGAGGCUUUACAGUUUGAGAUUGACGAAAUGUCACCCAGUAUGUCCGGUUGCUGUGGAGAUGACUGCACCUAUGAGAUUCUGAGCCGGAGAACAAAGUAUGGCGAGGCCUCGGGACAUGCGCAUGGGGGCGGCCACUGUGGAGGCUGCUGCCAUUAAGAGCGAGCCUUCCUCUGUUGUUUCAGAGCUUCCUCAUCCUCAUUCCCUCCCCUGCUCCAUCACCCACAAUCCCCUCUUAGAAAGCCCUCAAGACAGUCUCUCCUGCCCAUAAUCAGCAAUGAAACCCCAUCGAUGCUUGAUCUUUGUUUUUAACUUAAAAAGCUCAUUCACCAUUUCACAUAGUAAGCGACGUUUUCAGU